CUCACCAGUUAGUUCACCUCCCCAUGAUGUAUUCUCUUCUCUAAUCCUCCCCAGAUCUUCCCCUUCCUCCUCCACCCACUACUUUGUCUCUAACAAUGAUGGCAAUCAUAACCCACCUCUCCAAGAAGCUUGCCUCCACUAGAUCCCUAUUCCCUUUUAACCCUCAAUUUCCAAAAACUGUUUCGCAUUGAUGGGUUCUGCAAUUUGGGAACACUAGAUGCAAGGGGAUUUUGGAAUUACUGAUAAACCAAUGGAUGAUUAAAGUAACAAACAGAAUAUGUAAUUCCUUAAUAGGUUGUGGAAUUUUGGAAUGGAGAAAGGAACGCGCAAAUUAUUAUAUAAGGGAAUUAAGAGAACUAAAAAUGCCACAUUUUCAAAAAAAAAAACUUACCCUGUUCAAAGGGCAAAAAAAAAAAAAAAGGGAAAAAAAGCAUUAGCCAGGAAACGAAAAUUGGGUCAUCAUCGACAUCCCUUUCCUUGCCUUUCAACAUUUCCGUCACAUCUUAAAAAAAAAAAAAAAAAUUCCAACGUUUUUAGGCUUACAUUCCAUUACCAAAAGCCAAAAACUUUCAACUGAAGUGAUUUAGACUUGAAAGCUCCCAUCUUUUCAUGUCCAUUGACACUGAUAGUUGAUAUAUCACUUGGCUUGUUCAUGUCCUCUUUUGACCCUUCUAUCUCCAUCUCCUCCGCUUCUUCAUCAUUGUCAAGCACUGUGUUGAAGUAGAGUUAAACCUAAACAAACAUAAAAGACCCUUCACCGGUGAGAGAGAAAAAAUGGGAUCUCUUGGAGUUGAGGCUGCGAGGAAGAAAGCAAUGUGGCUCUAUCCAAAGAUUUUAGGAUUCAACCCUCCUGAGAGAUGGGGGCAUUCUGCCUGCUAUUCCAAUGGGGUUAUUUAUGUAUUUGGGGGAUGUUGUGGGGGCCUGCAUUUCAGUGAUGUUCUAAUGUUAAAUCUCAACACAAUGGUCUGGAACACCCUUGAAACAACAGGUCGUGGACCUGGCCCCAGAGACAGUCACAGUGCUGUUCUUGUGGAAAAUAAGAUGAUAGUGUUUGGGGGCACAAACGGUUUGAGGAAGGUAAACCAUCUUCACGUAUUGGACCUUGAUUCAAAAGAGUGGAUACAACCUGAAUGUAGAGGCACUCCACCUUCUCCUCGCGAAAGUCACACUGCCACACUUAUUGGUAAUGACAAAUUGGUGAUCUUUGGAGGAAGUGGAGAAGGUGAAGCAAAUUACUUGAAUGAUUUGCAUAUUUUGGACCUUAAGACUAUGCAAUGGACUUCCCCUAUGGUGCAGGGUGAUAUUCCCGCCUCCAGGGAUAGUCACAGUGCCAUUGCAAUGGGUAACAAGGUUUUUGUGUAUGGUGGGGACUGUGGUGAUCGAUAUCAUGGAGAUGUGGAGUUGUUUGACAUGGAAACCUUAACUUGGUCAAGGUUAGCUGUUCAAGGCUCUUCUCCGGGAGUUAGAGCAGGACAUGCUGCAGUAAACAUUGGGACGAAGGUUUAUGUGAUAGGAGGGGUUGGAGACAAGCACUACUACAAUGAUGUCUGGAUCCUUGAUGUGAGUGCUUGCUCAUGGUCACGUUUAGACAUUUCCGGCCAGCAACCUCAAGGGAGGUUUUCUCAUACUGCUAUUGUUACAGAAACUGAUAUUGUCAUCUAUGGGGGGUGUGGGGAGGAUGAGCGUCCUCUCAACGAGUUGCUGAUCUUGCAACUUGGAGCAGAGCAUCCAAAUGGUCGUUACAACAUUUCCAUGUGCAAAAUUUUUGGUAACCAUUGGAUCCAGGAAAAAAGGAGACUUCAAAGAGCAGAGGAAAGCAAUGUGAGAACAACAUUUUUCAGUGAUAAUGAAUUGGUAAAGGGUGGAGCUCAUGAACUGGAGCUAGAAACAAAGCAAUCUAGACGCAUCAUUUUGGAUACUUUGCAUCCAAAGAGGAGGAGAACAACAAAUUCAAAGGCAUGGGAGGUUGAAUCAGAACAAGAAGAACAUUCCCUUUCUCUCUCUCAGCAUUCGUCUCCUUCGCAAUCUGAUCAAGAACAAGCCCCAGCACAGAAAGCCACAGAUUCUACAGGAUCUCAAAGAUUUAACAUAUUUAAGUUCCAUCAGAAAUCAAGUGAUUCUCAGACUAACAAUCCUGCAGUUAUCCAGAGAAGUCAACAAAACCUGCACCAUUUGAGAGAGUUUCAAAACCAUCAAAAACCAGAACAAUAUCUCCACUUUGUUCAUGCUGGUAAACAAGAAACUCAGUGCCUGACAGUAGAGCAUAAACCCCCGGAGACAGGGAGUAUACAAAACAUGAUUGGUUCCGAGGUAAGAGGUAAAGUAGAUGCAGCCUUCGAUUCUGGUUUUCUGAUGACAGCAACUGUCAAUGGAAAGAUAUUCAGAGGAGUCUUAUUCGCACCAGGACCGGAGAUCAUCUCUAGAGGAUCAAUGCCAGUUCAAAAUCCUGCAUGGACAAGCCAGACCACUGUUGCUCAUCCAUUCUCAAACUCAAGCAAUGCAGAACCCUUCAAGCCAUCCCAUCAGCCAAUGACACUCACUGUGCCAGAAUCUGGUUACAGCUUCCGGCGAGCUCAGGUGAGCAGGCCUUAUCCCUUCAACGGAGCCACCCAAUCUGUGGCAAAGGAACCAAAGCUGAGAAGUGACCUUCAAGGUGUGGUUUUAACUCUAGGAGGACCUGGAAGUAGUCAUGGCUGAGAUAAUAUAAAAGUGUGGCAUGUGACUAUGUGAGACUCAGAACAUGACAUUUCCUUUGUUUUUCCUUCUUCCUCUCAUGUAAAUCUUGAUAUAUAUGUUGUAAUUUUUCUCCCUCCAUCCCCUACAUCGUUCAUG